AUGGUAUUAAGAUCCAAGAAUAAACUUCACUUCAUCAAUGGUAGUUUGCCUCGACCGUUAGAUGAAGAUCCCAAUUUUGUUACUCGGGACCGAUGCAACACCAUGAUCAUGUCAUGGAUUCACAUUUCAGUUGAAUCAGAAAUAACUCAAAGCAUACUAUGGAUGGAUAAUGUUGCCAAACUUUGGAAUGAAUUGAAAGAUCGUCUCUAUAAAGGACAUGUGUUUAGAACUUCUGAUAUUCAGGAAGAAAUAUGCAAUUUAAAACAAGGUGAUUCUUCCAUUUCUUCAUAUUAUACAAAACUCAAGAAACGGUGGCAAGAAGUGGACAAUUUUCGUCCAAUUCUUGAGUGUUUUUGUGAUUCUACUUGUCAAACGGUUACCAAAAUUCGUGCAUACAUAGAUGGUGAUAAAGUUAUGAGAGUUUAUUCUUUACUUGUUCAACAAGAAAGACAAGCCACAUUACUUAUUGAUGAAUCAAAGGUGUUGGCUUUUCCCAAAUCAAAUCAUAGUCAGAACUAUAACUUCAAUCUUAACUCUAAUUUUGUGGCAAAGGAACUAGAGGUGGCAGAUCAUUUAGUGGCAGAGGUAGAGCAAGAUGGCACAAUCAACAAUUAUGUGGCUACAACUGAAAAAGAAGAAGAAUCUCAAGUUAAAUUCCAUGAAGAAAAUGAGCAGGAUCAUGGUAACUUGGUUUUCACACCAGAUCAGCACAAAGCAUUAUUGGCCCUUCUUCAAGGUCUUGAGUAUGAUGUGAAUCACGACGAUGCUGCAGUUUAG